CUUUGCUGGUACUGGAAGGCUGCACAGUACGGAAUUUCUUUCCAUGAAAAUGUCGGGACGUUUAAAGUUGAAGGCUCCUGCAAAUUCAGCUAGUAAUCUUGAUGAUAAUGUCAAUGAAAGAAUAUUAUCAGAAUGCCAUGGCAUCUACACUGAUAAAGAAAAAGGUCUUGUCCAGUUGGCUGGAGAUCUAGGGCUCCCCCUACUGCCUCCUCGGAAGAAGAUCACAGUCAUGCUGAUGGGCAAUCACUCGGCAGGAAAAAGUUCUUUCAUUAACUGGUAUGUGGAGGAACACAUUCAGAGGACAGGAGUGGCCAUUGAAACCCAAGGCUUCACCUUCAUCACUAGUGGGAGGAAGAGGGAGUCACUGACGGGAAAUGCUACUCUGCACCUGUACCCCCACUUCCAGAAACUUCAGGACUUCACAGGAGUGGCAGAUUAUCUGUCUACAGAGAUUUCAUCCUCCAGACAGAAGAAGUUCAGCCUCGUCACCUUCAUCGACACCCCGGGUCUGGUAGAUGGCGACAUGAAGUACGAGUUUGAUGUUGAAAAGGCUCUGAUAUGGCUUGGGGACCAGGUGGACCUCAUUUUUGUCUUUUUUGAUCCAAUGGGGCAGGCACUCUGUAAGCGGACACUGAAUAUUGUGGAGAAGCUGAAUGAGAAAAAUAACGAAAAACUGAGAUUCUACCUGAGCAAAGCAGAUGAAGUGCCACAAGAAAAUGACCGGCAGAGAGUGAUGAUGCAGAUUGUGCAAGAGUUGUGCAAAAGGCCAGGUCUCAACAAAUGCGGUUUCGAUAUGCCAACGAUCUACAUCCCUGACCCGGCCAAGCCAAGCCGCUGCCUGAACCAGAUUGAUGAGGUUUGCCAAACUAUUGAAAAAACCAUUAACCAGACGGUGCAGAACACACUAAACCACCUGGAACAGGAUGCAGAGGUGAUUGCAGAACGCAUAGACGUCAAGUUGGCAGAGGACAGUCAACAGGUGAUUGUCAACAGAAACAUACGGAUAAAGCACUGGCUCUUUGGCUUUCUUGGCUACAUAUUGCCUUUCUUCUACCUUAGCAGUUUCCUGAUCACAUAUUUUCUUUAUGAUGGUCUGGCUGCACAGGUGGGUGAGGAAGUUGCCCACGCCAUCUUUAUAUAUGUGGACAUAAUAGCUGUAAUAUGGGGCUGGCUGGCUGGAGAUAAUGUGCUUUGGGGUAUUUUCGUCACCCUGAAUCUUUCUCUGGUGUUCAUUUUGUUGUCAAAGUUCUACAGUGGAAGCAAACCAACUUUGUCCCGGAAGGAGAAAAGAAAGCUACGAGCCACGCAGGAAUACAUUCAGGAAGUGGUGAAGCCAAGAAAGAUGGAGCUCUACGCCUGGUAUCUCCAGCAGUGCAUUUCUGAUUACGACCUCAGCUGAGAUCAAGAGCAGCACAAUGGCGGUCAAAAGUGAUCUUUUGGUAAUUCGGUAUUAACUAUUAGAGUGUAUACUUCUGAGACAUGAAUAUGUACAGUAUAUGCAUAAAGAGAAAUAUUUUCUUCAA